UUAGGCAAAUAUGUGGUAAAUGUAAGAACUUACUCAAAAAAUAACGGUGGAGGAAGAACAUCGGCUGCCUUCAGAGACCAGGGAGGUCAAGCUUCAAAAGAUCAGCAACAGAGCAGCACACCUGGAGAUGGCAGGGAUUCAUUGUCUUUGAGCAACACAGACACUUCAGCAGUCCAGAUUCUUACCAACCUGGACCUGUGAGCCCAGCAGGGUGUACUAAGACGGCUCUCUUUUAACCAUCGCUGUGGCAGUUUUGCUUUGCUCCAGUGGUGCUAAAGGUAGCCAACGUACAGGAUCAUGGCCCCUACUCAGACUUGCUUUGCGACAGUGUUAUUGUAGGUCACACAAAAGGUUUUCUCAGUGUCAGUCAAACCUUGUCAUCAGGAAGUUGUCUUUUAUGUUCUGUGCCCCUGCGCCACCCGAGUUUGUGCAAAUCUAGAUGAAUGCACGGAAGUAGGCUUUCAGAGCAAAGAGGACACAGGUGGUUAGAUGCUGUGUGUCAGGCUCUUGUUUCUGUCAUGGAGCUGUAACAUUAUGACAGAGGCUGGGUGUGAAUAGGCUGCCUUGUGGAGUAAAAACAACGUGUGAAGGAUCAGAAAUAGUCUACACGAUCAGCAAACUAAAGUGAAAUCCAGGGAUGGGGACAAUCCCGAACGACAUCAGGAGGCUUUUGGAUGACUGUGAGCUGUUUGUGUCAGAUAUACUUCAAGAUGAGAACCUCAGUGAAGAAUCCGAAGAGACACGGAAAGUCUUACUGAAUAACUUCAGGGUCGUCCAUACAAGACACCCUGAUGAAUUCCCCUUUCCACUCCCAGCGGAAGAAGACAGUUCUGAUGACAACCGCAGUUCCAGUCUGGGUCGCUCUGCCCAAUCAGACGACGCCUCAUUAGCCUCAGACAACCAGGAUGACGGAGCCUUUGACUAUUUGGGUGACAUCCCCCCUGUGGCAGUCCAGGACCUCAGCAACAUCUUGAAGCAUGGCUAUUUGGAGAAGAAACGAAGAGAUCACAGCUUCUUCGGCUCAGAGUGGCAAAAGAGAUGGUGUGUUCUGAACAAUUCAAUAUUCUACUACUUUGGGAGUGAAAAAGACAAACAACAGAAGGGUUCCUUUUAUAUCAUGGACUACAAUGUGCAGCUGGUGACCAACCUGAGAAAAGACUCCAAAAGAAAUGCCUGUUUUGAGCUCUUUGCUCCCGGACUGAGGUCUUUUCAGUUCACUGCCAGCAGUCCUCAAGAGGCCAGAGAAUGGGUGAAGCAAAUAAAUUUUGUACUUGAAGAUCUCAGAUCCUCCUCCAUCCCUUGCGAUGAUGACGAGGAUUUGGAAGAGGAAGAGGAGACCUAUGAUGACGUUGAGGUGUUGGGUGGCCCCCCCCUACCUCGGCCCAGUGCUGCCCAGGCCUCUCAGAGAGGAGGGCAGGAGACGGGGGAUGUUGACGAGGAUAUCUACGAGGUGCUGCCAGAGGAUGGUUUUCCCGAUACGGUGGAUGAAAGCAGUGACAAGAACAACAGAACAGCUUGGUCAUCAGAUUACGCUAACUACUACCAGGGUUUAUGGGAUUGCCAGGCCGACGAGCCAGACGAGCUGGACUUCCACAGAGGAGAUCUCAUCUACAUCAUUAGCAAGGAGUACAACAUUCACGGCUGGUGGGUCGGCCAGCUGAACGGCACUGUGGGUAUCGUCCCCAAGGACUUCCUGCACCCUGCUUACAUCCUCUGAGCUACAACAGUGCCGUUGCUGACACAUCUCUGGCCAUGAAUUUCACAGACAGCCCAUCAGAUAUUCUUUUUCAAUUUGAAAAUCAUUCUCUCAUAACUGUUAACUAUUAUCAUGUAAAUUUGCUGCAGUAGAACUUAUUCCUGUACACUAAAAAAAGGCAUCUGUAAAAGUCAAACCAGAGCUAAAACACCCAGUUGAUUAAACAGUUAUUUUAUUCUACAGGAAA